CAGCGAACUUUUCAUAUUCUCUUUCUUACUCUUAAUUGAACGCGCACCUUUUCCACUUGUUUGGUGUCUUUGUACUAUUACUCCAGUUUCCUCCAAUGAGUGCUGCAGACGUAGAAAUUGCUGUGGAGCCCGUCAAGGUCGAUGUUGUCAUCGAGGAUACCAGCCCCGACCUUAUUGCCGACAGCAUCGCCCGGCCCCGCAGCGACUUCAAGUUCCCGUACUCAGGCCAGCCCGAUAUUGUGCGGUCUGCGCAAAAGGAUCUGUUCUACCAGCAGCGUGUCCAAAGCGGGCUGGGCGAGGUUGUGCAGCAGCUGAAGGGCACUCGGUACUUCGCUACACACCAGCAGCAAAUCGAAGGCGCAUCGAAGCUCCUCUACUAUGCCCUGACUACUCUGACAGGCGCCCAGACAUUGGGCGAAGAGUACUGCGGGAUCCUGCAGGUUGACAAGCACCUGACAUACCCGGCGUUUGGACGCCGCUUUCUCAUGGUCGUGUUGCAGGCAGGCGGUGGGUUCGGUGUGCUAGGCGUGUUGGCGAAGCUGCGCAUGUGGCUGCAGAAGCGUCGGUUGCGUAGAGGGCAGAUGAAGCCAGGGAAAACCGAAGGGGCCCUGGAGAGAGUGCAGGCAUGGUCGCGGAGCGGCAUGUGGAAGAAGCUGGGCAUGGCACAUUUGGCGGUGUUUUACUUUACUGGUGCGUACUACGGCUUCGCGAAAAGGAUCACGGGCAUUCAGUACGUCUUCACACGGAGGCUGCGGCAGGGAGAGGAGGACAGUGGGUACGAGAUUUUGGGUGCACUGCUGGCAGUGCAGCUAAUGGUUCAGACCGCGCUGCAGUUGUGGAAAAAGGGACAGGACGAGGAUGAGGAUAGCGAUGAUGAAGACGAAGAGGACGAGCCAAAGGACCUUGAAGUGAAGACUGGGGAAGAGGCCGACGAGAAAAAGACUGAGGGGAGGUUGGAUGAGAAGAAUGAGGAUAAUGAGGAUAAUGUCGAAGAGGGUACUGAGGUGGCCAAAGACGACGAGGAAAUGACUGGCGAGCCUUCUGAUGUAGACAUGGAGGCGCUCCGUCGGUUCACAUCCAGCGCUCAAAAGUGCACCCUCUGCCUAUCGCCCCGCAGCCACUCCGCAUCCACGCCCUGUGGCCACUUGUUCUGCUGGAAAUGUGCCUUCGAGUGGUGCCAGACCCACCCGGAAUGCCCACUGUGCCGCCAGCCCGUCCGCCUCAACCAGAUCCUGCCAGUGUACAACUACUAAGC